CCUCAUAUCUCCGGUAUCGUAAACCAGUUGAAUUACUUUCAGCGAUCGCAUAGCAGUCCGAUAUACAACAAGCGUGUAGAAGGCGCGGUUGCACAGGUAAUCUGCCGCUGUUAUUCCUGUUUACUCGCUGACAAGUGGAACCGUAAUUGGACAACGUUUCUUCCGGUUCCAAAUGCCAAUAUCGAAUGUCGCACAGUCACGACGAUCACCGCGAUCCAACAUCUUCGAAUUGCCAAAAGAACUGUCCCAUGGGAACUAAAUUGCUGUACGAACAGCUUCUGGAUUGUCUGCGGUCAAGGAAACAUCGUACUCGAGCAAUAUCGAAAAGCGGCAUAAACGUAAACAACGCGUCCUCCGGCGAGUUAGGGGACAGCUUCCUAAAUGUAUUGCCUGUACGGAAGGUAUCUUGAGGUUCGUUCAGAAUCCGAAGUGAACCGACGUGAAUAGGAUCGACGAGGAUGCGCAACAACGAGAAUGUUCGUCGGGUGUUGCUGGAGAAUCCUAUGGAUAAUCUCAAUCAGCAGGCAACCUCUCAAAACGAUCUGCACGUAGCGGUGAGUAAGAACGACCUAAUAUCGGCGGAACUGCUCCUGAAGAAGGGGGCUAGCCCGAACGUGGUUAACAGCAAUGGUCUGACCCCGCUUCACAUGGCCGCUAUGAUGAAGCACAGAGCAAUGGUGGAAUUGAUCUUCGACAAUGCGGCACACGCCCCGAACCUGGAUAGCUGCAGGGAUUACAACAAAGAGACUACGAGGGACGUUUUAAAGAGGUUGCUACCGGACCUUAUGUACCAACUGAUCGCGAACGACGAGAAGGGUUUCCUAGAGUGUCUAAAAAAGACUUCGAAUAACGUGGAGAUCGAUGCUGGGAAGCUGAUCGCGAUGGCCACUCGGCGAAACUUUGAGAACGCGAUCGCCGAAUUGUUGAAGAGACGACCGGACGAUUGCAACUUGGAGAAGGCCACGACCAUAGCUGUACAGAAGAACUCGCCACAUAUUCUCCGUCUGCUACUGAACAACUUCGCCGACAUGAACGUCGAGGCUGCGAACAGGUUGCUAUUCACCGUUUGCAUCGACCUUGGGAUCCCCGGUAGCGGUGGCUCGCAGGACACGUUGAAUCGCCUCGAAUGCCUCAGAUUAAUCCUCGAGGGGGACAAAGUGAACGUUCGUUGCACCGACAAGAAAGGAAACACUCCUCUGCACUAUGCGGCCAGAGCGGACAGUCGCGAAGCGGUGACGAUGCUGCUGGCUAAGGGAAGCUACAUUGGACACACGAACGCGUACGGCACGCCAGCAGUUGCCGACAUAUCCGCGUCCACACUGUCUCAAUACUUCGACAACUCCAUCCAAGCCAAAAGAGAACAGACAAACGGGUGCAUAAUCGAGUUCGACUACAAAUGUUUGAACCCUUAUGAUCCAAAUCUGAUACGACAGAAACCAGAGAUGGACCCCUUCAAGUACAUCGCCGGCAACACCGGUUUGAAACAUCUGCUGAAGCAUCCCCUGCUCUCCUCGUUCAUCUAUCUGAAAUGGCAGAGAAUACGUAUAAUUCUCCGUGCGAGCUUCGCGUUCCAUUUGCUUCACUAUGUUCUACUGAACGUCUAUAUCAUUGGCGCAGCGAGAAUGAGAACGUUCAGCAAAUAUAACGAUCAGACGGACGAAGCAGUGUUAGUAGCACCAGCCGCCGUUGAUACUUUCCGAAUGCUUGCCACCGUCAUCCUGGCAAUCUUUGCAUUUUGGAAGCUGCUCCAUGUGGUCACGUGGCCGCGCUGUUUCGUAUCGAAUUUUAGGAACUGGACCGAACUGCUGUUGGUGAUCCUUGAGUUCCUUGUGCUAUACGACGUGGGCCCCGUUAGCAUGGCUGCUUCGGUGACACUGUUGUCCGCUUGGCACCUGGUGGUCAUGAUGGGCCAGUACUCCUGGCUGUCCACGGACAUUGAAAUAUUGAAGACGGUAUCCUGGAACUUCCUGCGGUUCCUGGCCGUCUACGCGCUCCUCAUCCUCGCGUUCGCGGUAGCCUUCUUCGUCCUGUUCCAUCAGAACAGGAAUUUCGUGAACCUCGGUCGGUCGAUGUUCAAGACGAUUAUCAUGCUCACCGGCGAAUUCGAUGCAAACGAAAUGCCAUUCGAAUCUUAUCCGUUCAUGAGCCAUCUGGUUUUCGUAUUGUUCGUCUUUCUGAUCGUCAUAGUGCUGCUCAAUCUUUUAAAUGGCCUGGCGGUGAACGACAUAACCGAUAUUCUCUGCAAGGCCGAGCUGGUUGGCCUGAUUUCCCGGAUCGGCUUGAUCUCUUACGUUGAAAACAUUGUGAUUGGCAGAAACCACGGUCACGCAUCCCUGUGGGAUUACUGUCUUUGCAACUGGCGGCUUAUGAUUCCCACUUCCCUGGUGAACCAGGUCCUUGUGUUCCCGAAGCAUUUAAAGGAAAGUAAGCUCAGCGUCGAGCUUUACGACAGCUCCGAAAUGGACUCCGGUAUUAUUAAAAAAGCUAAGGAGGUUCUAUCAAGGAGAGAUCGGGAAUCAGACACUGAAAGGAUUAUCAGUGAAUUGGACAAAGUAAAAGAAAGUCUGGCUUCGAUGGAUGUUUCGCUGAAUGCCCUCAGGCAGGGCCUCGGCAAUAACAAUGUUAAAUGUUAGAAGAAAUCAUUCUUCUAUCGAGCAAUAUUUUGUCUGUAAUUGGUAGAGAGAGAAAGAGAGAGAGAACGAAACACAUAUUGAAAAGAAACUACCUGUAAAUGCGGCGGCCAGCAUACUGAUGUACAUUACGAUGAAUACAUUGUAAUGCUAGAAUAAAAAUGAUGACUUAAUUUUUUA